UACACAAGGAGCUGUAACUUUGACGGGUUUUCUGACCUGUUGCUUGAUUAUCUGGUGCACGGUCAUUCAGUACAAAAUGAUUAAGCUUCAACACUACCUUGGUCAACUGGAACGAGAAAUGUCAUCUCAUUUGCAAUUCAAAGAAAUAAAGAAUUGGCAAAAUUUUCAUGGAAAGUCUUUGAGCAAUUUAGAAACAGAAUUAAAAAGUCUGAAACUAUCUACAAAAAACUUGGAGCAUUCUGUUGAAGAACAAAGGAGACAAACAAAGACAACAAAAGAAAAGCAGCUUCAAUUGCGCGAAGACCUGACAAAAUGUUCCGAAGAUUUGCUCAACCUACAUGCAGUGUAUGCGAAACAUUUCACUUACCCACAAGCAUUCGUCGAUAAGGCAAAGGACGAAUUAAAACUUCACUUUGAAGUUGAAAGAGGAAACAUUUUCGAGAGACUUUAUGAAGAAAAGUUGCACAACUUACAUGAAAUGCUUGAGAUUCACUUGACUAAAUAUGGCUCUUCUAAAGAAGUUAAAUGUAAUUCAUCUAACAAACUUUCAUCAGAGACACGUUUGACAAAAAAAGUACUGGUACAAAUUAUAAAUGAUUUAAAGAGAUCUAUAAAGCAGUGGAUAAUGACGUCAAAAAGUACCUUGUAUUUUUUACGAGGACUCAUACAUCAUCAGGACUCGGAAAUAGUAAAUUUUAGAAUGUGGACUGUGAGACACAUCCAUCUAAAGUUAAAACAUACUGAAGAGUUCAUAGAAGCAUUAAAUGUGCAAUUGAGAAGUAAUAAACAAGAAAUAAUGGUUUUGAAUGAAUCAAUCAAUGCAAUGAAAAGCCUGUGUUUCUCUUACCCAAGUCUUGCAUACAUGUAUGGACGUACAUGUACAAUGAAAAGAAAAUGCAAAAAAGAAAUGAGAAGAAAGGAAAACUUAGAACUUAUAAACGAUGGUUAUUCGGGCCUUUGGAAUAUACUACUCAUCACUAUCCUACUACUACCGAUAAUUUGGAUUUAUUUUCCUUGGGCCAGUUGGUCAAACAGUAGUUUUGAAGACAUUAGGAAAUGGAUGAAAAAAAGUUUUAAAUUUUGUAAUGAAAUGGGGCCCGGACCUACUAAACCUGUAUAUAAGGAGAAACUUGAAAACUCUCUGUGUGUUAUAAGUUUUGGAUGUGGAACUGACAAACAGAAAUAUGUGCAGUUGGCCUCUGAUUUAAUAGGCCCCGUGUGUCAUCUACAAAUGAAGAACGUAGUGGUCAAUUCUAUAGAAAACCUGGACACCAUACCUCCUUCAAAGGUGAUACUUAUGUUUGUGGAUUACAACGAAAGGAAUUUAAUCAUAGAAGAAGAACAUGGAGGUUUGAAAAGAGAGACUCUAUCGAUGUUGCAAAGAACUGGUGCUGAAGUGAUUGUCAUUUACUGCUAUGAGCUUUCUUCCAAACAUCUUGACGGAGGACGUCUUUUUGCUCAGAAGUUGACUGUAGUUGAAAGAAUUAAGGAACUCAGAGAACUGCGUGAAAGGAACUCAAUAUUUAGUAUCUACGAUAAAUUCAACCCAACACAGAAGGAAGUCUUCCGCUCUAAGCUGAAUUAUUUUAAUUAGUUAUUUCAUACUUACGUAUACUUACAGUAUAUGAUUU